CCUCACUGCACUGCACUUGAGAGGAGUCCGUGUACACAUUGUCAGUGACACUGCAAAAUCUGCUCCUUUUAACCGUCCCAUGUUGCGCUGAAUGGAAUGAACCUCCUAAAGUCCUCUCAGACCUUGGUGGGGAGAAUUAUCCUCUCCUCAUGUCAACUUAACCUGUUCAGAUGUAGUUUGUCCACUAUCCCCGCCCCUGCACAAGGAAAAAUGUCUGGUGUUAGCAAAGUUUGUGCUCGCGAAAUAUUUGACAGCCGUGGAAACCCCACAGUCGAAGUUGAUAUCACAACAUCUAAAGGGUCAUUCCGUGCUGCGGUGCCGUCAGGUGCAUCAACUGGUAUUUAUGAAGCUCUAGAACUUAGAGACAAGGAUCCAAAAAGAUUUCUUGGAAAAGGAGUUCUAAAAGCUGUUGAAAAUGUCAAUUCUAUCAUUGGACCAGCUCUCAUUUCAAAGAAUGUGGAUGUGACCAAACAAGAAGAAGUGGACAAACUCAUGCUUGAACUUGAUGGAACUGACAACAAAACGAAACUGGGAGCAAAUGCUAUUUUGGGAGUCUCACUGGCAGUUUGUAAAGCUGGAGCAGCGCACAAGGGGGUUCCUCUGUACAGGCAUAUCGCUGACCUGGCGGGCAAUGAUAAAGUGAUUCUUCCUGUGCCAGCUUUUAAUGUCAUCAAUGGGGGAAGCCAUGCUGGAAACAAGCUUGCUAUGCAGGAGUUUAUGCUUUUACCAACAGGUGCUAGCAGUUUCAGUGAGGCAAUGAGAAUGGGUGCAGAAGUCUAUCAGAAUCUAAAAAAUGUGGUGAAGAAACAAUAUGGAAUUGAUGGUUAUCUAAUCAAGACUGGAGCUCCUUGCAGGUCUGAACGUUUGGCCAAAUACAACCAACUUCUCAGAAUUGAGGAGGAACUGGGAGCUAGUGCCACAUACGCUGGAGGCUCGCUACUUGCUGGAGGGAAGUAAACCGAACAGGUUACAAAGCGUGUUAAACGAGCUAAGCUGGAAUGGCUCGCUCAAAAGACUUGACCGUCUUUCUUCAAACCACAUCUGAAAUUAAUAGUGUUUAAAAGUAUUAGAAGCAUAAUAAAUGGUAAAAUUUAACGAUUA